AGUCAAAGGCGGCCCAGCCUACCCUGCAUCUCAUUAAUUACCACUUCCGAAAUUAAGCCCUUUUUUGUUUGUCCCUUUUUUCUUUUGUUUUUUUUCAAAACUUGGAAGGACUCAGCGCAGAUUCAGACGCGAGAGAAUUUCAAUUGCUUCUUGCUCUGUUUGGCCGACCCAAAAGUACUGCUGUUAUACACAAAGACAUGCCAGCUGCAUCAGGCAUCCUUGGAACUGCUCGCUGUGUGAGAUUAUAUAAGGUGUGUGCAACACGACCAUGCUAAGGUAGCAUCAGCUGUCAGGUCAGGAUGUCUGAUGAUGAAGAGGAACGAUGGAGGAAGAGGGAGAGAGAAAUCUACAUUAGUGAUAAUGAUGAAGACAAUGAUGGAGAUGAUGAAGAUGAAGAGAUGUACGACCAGUCCCACAGUGCCCCCUUCAGCUCCGAAAAUGAGGCUCAGGGCGGCGACCCGGCUGUGUGGCAGUGCACCCCUUCCCCAUCUACCUCACCUUCAGCAGAGACACCAGCCCAUCCACCCCCUUCACAGUCCAUUUCCAGACCCCACUCCAGGCUGGAAAGCCAAAGCCCCAAUCCUCCCUCAACCCUGGCAGGAACCAAGAAGAGGAGCUCCAAACCUGCUCACAUGAGAAGAAACAUCAGGAAGUUACUGAGGGAGCAUCAGCUGGAAGCAGUGACCAAAGCCGCCCAGCAGGAGGAGCUAGAGAGAAGGCGACGUCUGGAGGAGCAAAGAAAGCAGGAUUUUCCCGUACCACUGCUGCCUGAAUACAUAACCGGCGAUGUUACACAGCAUGUCCCGUCAUCGUCGGCCUCUGUGUCAUCGCAGAAAGACGUAAAGUUAACCAGACAGGAUGUCAUCUGUUUGGACUCAAGCAGCACGGGCAUCAGCGAGGAUGACAGCAAGACUGAAAUACCCACCUCUGCUGCUACAGAUCACACACACAAAACAGAUGUCAUAGAUUUGAGCUCAGGCGAGGACGAUGGCAUUAGCCACAUCUCCACUAAUGAGGAAGACAGGGAGCCAAGCAGUGCACAUGUCAACGAUGCCCAUAACCAACCAGACUGUCACGGCAGGGUGCUGAUCAACCUGAACCAUCCAUCUGCAGAAAAGGACAUUUUCCUCUUGCCACAGCUGGCUCGAGCAGUCAAACCUCACCAGAUUGGAGGAAUCCGUUUCCUGUACGACAACCUGGUGGAGUCAGUGGAGCGGUUCAGCAGCAGUACUGGAUUUGGUUGCAUCCUUGCUCACAGCAUGGGUCUGGGCAAAACGCUCCAGGUCAUCUCCUUCAUUGACGUCCUCUUCCGACACACACAAGCUCACACAGUGCUCGCCAUCGUACCAGUGAACACGUUACAGAACUGGCUGUCAGAGUUCAACACAUGGGUCCCUCCUUCUGAAGCGUUACCUCCCGAUACUGACCCCACUCUGGUGACACCUCGUGCAUUUAAGGUUCACAUCCUCAACGAUGAACACAAGAACACAGCAACAAGAGCCAAGGUGGUGGAGGACUGGGCCCGGGAUGGUGGGGUACUGCUGAUGGGCUAUGAGAUGUACCGCCUUCUGUCACUGAAGAAAAGCUUUGUGGCUGGGAGGAAGAAAAGGAGCAAGAAAACAGUAGGACCCAAUGUCAUUGACCUGGAUGAAGAAGACAAACAGCAGGAACUACUUAAAGGUGUUGAGAAAGCCUUGGCCCAGCCUGGUCCAGAUGUUGUGAUCUGUGAUGAGGGUCAUCGCAUCAAGAACUGUCAUGCCAGCACAUCUCAAGCGUUAAAGAACAUCAGGACCCGUCGCCGUGUGGUACUGACUGGCUAUCCGCUCCAGAACAACCUAAUUGAGUACUGGUGCAUGGUCGACUUUGUCCGUCCUGACUUCCUAGGUACACGGCAGGAGUUCAGUAACAUGUUUGAGCGUCCCAUUCUGAACGGGCAGUGUGUGGACAGCACGUCUCAGGACAUCCAGCUGAUGAGGUACAGGAGCCAUGUCCUCCACAGCCUGCUUGAGGGCUUUGUGCAGAGGCGAGGCCAUGAUGUCCUGAGGGACCAACUGCCCUCUAAGGAGGAGCAUGUGAUCCUAGUUCGUCUGUCUCCCCUGCAGAGAGCACUCUACACAGAGUUCAUGAACCGCUUUAGGGAGGCAGGAAACACUGGCUGGCUCAGCCUCAACCCAUUGAAGGCUUUCUGUGUCUGCUGCAAGAUUUGGAACCACCCAGAUGUGCUGUAUGAGGCCUUGCAGAAGGAAAAUCUGGCAAGUGAACAGGACUUGGACCUUGAUGACAUCACUUCCACAGGACAAGCUCGAUGUCCCACAGCGCCUAAUCAAAAGUCAAAGAACUUGGACAAUCCAAACCCUAUUGGUGGACUGAGUCUCAAUCAGUUGCAAGAGAGAGCCAAUCAGGUCAUCACUUAUGAAUGGGCAAAGGAUAUCAUGUGUGACUACAAGCCCGGUAUCCUGGAGAACUCUGCAAAGAUGGUGCUGCUGUUCCACCUCAUAGAGGAGAGUGUCAGAAAGGGAGACAAACUCCUUGUGUUUAGUCAGAGUUUAUCCACACUUACAGUGAUUGAGGAUUUCUUGGCCAAGAGACCAGUGCCUGCAUCACGUUAUACCCCCUGCAAAGAAGGACCUAACCAAAACUGGGUCCGCAACCUCAACUAUUACAGACUGGAUGGAAGCACAACAGCCUCGGAGAGAGAGAGACUGAUAAACCAGUUCAACGAUCCUGCCAACACCUCUGCAUGGGUCUUCCUGCUGUCGACCAGGGCUGGUUGUCUGGGUGUGAAUUUGAUCGGAGCAAACCGUGUGGUGGUGUUCGAUGCCUCCUGGAAUCCUUGCCACGAUGCCCAGGCUGUGUGCCGCGUCUACCGCUAUGGACAGAGAAAGCCCUGUCACAUCUAUCGGCUUGUGUGUGACUUCACACUGGAGAAGAAGAUCUAUGACCGCCAGAUCUCCAAACAGGGCAUGUCAGAUCGCGUGGUGGAUGAUCUGAAUCCUGUGCUGACCUUCACCAGGAGGGAAGUAGAAUCUCUUCUUCAUUUUGUGGAAGAGGAACCGAACCACUCUCAGGUUCAGCUGCAGCCAGAGGAUGAUAUGGAUAGUGUCCUGCAGAGGGCUCUGCACCUCUAUUCUCACCUGAUUACCAAGCAACCCUUCCCCCAUGAGUCCCUCCUGAUGGACCGCAAGGAGCUGAAGCUGAGUAGUGCUGAGAAGAAAGCAGCUAAAAAGGGCUAUGAAGAGGAGAAAAGGGCUUCAGUGCCAUACACCCGCCCAUCCUAUGCUCAUUAUUACCCCGCCAGUGACCAGAGCCUGACUAACAUCCCUGCCUUCAGCCAAAGAAACUGGCGACCUCCCACUCGCAUUGAGGACAAACCAUUGGCCACUGUCCGACCAGUCCAGUCAACUCCAGUUCCAAUGAUGCCCCGCCAGGCGUCUGCAGGUUCUGCUCCGGACCGUGAAUCCUCUAGAUCCAACAACGGGGGCUUCCCUGUCAACUGCCUGCAAAAAGCUGGAGUGUUCGUACAGAAAAUUGUCACAACUACUGACAUAGUGAUUCCAGGCACCAACAGCUCAAUAGAUGUCCAGGCCAGGAUCACAGCUGGAGAAAGUAUCCAUGUUAUCAGGGGUACAAAAGGGACUUACAUCAGGACAUCCGAUGGCAGAAUCUUUGCUGUUAGAGCAGCUAACAAGGCCAAGACAGUAGAGGAGAGUACUGCAGCGCCUCCCAAAGACUCCCAAGCCCCACCUCAGGAGGUCUCAGCCAGUGGCAAUAAUGGCUGCCUAUUACCUGACAAGAAGCAGUUGGCACUCUCCAAAACUUUGCCCCGCCCUAUUUCACCAGACAGCCCAGACAUCAUCAAUGAACUGCAGCACUACACAGGUGUCAUGGGGGAGGAUGCUGCUGCAGCGUCUGCUGUGCAGCCAGAGAGGGCUGCAGAGAGCAGCAUGAAUGACCAGCCCACCACCAAACUGAUGCAGACCAAUGGCAACGGCAGUGGGAGCGCUUGUGCUGGCAGAACCAUGAGCCACCAUGAUGCCUCUGUUAUGAGCGUCAUCCAGCCCAAUAUGAACGCCACUGGGGCUCAAGACUUGAGAAUAGGCACAAAGCGCAAAGCCUCUCCCCCAACCCUGGAUGAGCGGGCCAGUAAGCAGCCUUCUGGCACCAAACACUCCUCAGCUCCUCUGUCCUCACAAGGAUUCCCUUUUACAGGGGGCUAUGGCAUCCCCCCUGUGGGUCUCAACUCUGCCAUGUUGGGUGGUUCACUGAGGCAUCCACUGUUCAUGGGGUCUGGCUCACAUUACUUCAAGCCCUCCCAUGCUCAGCUGGGUGACCCCAGUUACAUGUAUGGAGAUAUGUUUGGUUUGAGUGGCACUGUCCCCACUUCCUCAUCUUCCUCUUCAUCCACAAUAACCGGCACUCCCACCAUCUCAUCUUCCUCAUCAUCUGCUGCAGACAAAGCCCUGCCACCAUUCAUGCUGACCCCAAGCAUGGCUGGCAUGGCUGGGAUGCUUCCACCCGGCUUCCCUCUCUCAUACAGUCCCUCUCUGGCCAGCCUUUACUCAGGGUCAAUGCUCCCCAGUGGGCUGCCAGGUCCAGCUGCCACUCCUGGCCCAGCUGGAGCCAGCUUCUUGUCUCAGUACCCUCCGACUGCUGCCUCAAGUUCAUCCUCAUCCUCUCCUUCGUCCUUCUCCCCCUCAGCACGAUCUGAGGGCCACAGGGCCCAGGUUUUAGUCAACGGCAGGGAUGUUAGCAGCUCUGAUGAUGAUGAUGUAAUCGAGGUGAGGGGACAGUGAGACUUGAGGAAGAGCUCAGCCAACAGAAUGAUACCAUAUAUGCCAGAAUACAGGUUUUAGAAAGUCUGUUGUAAAGGCUUUGUGGGAAAUGAACAAAGAAUAAAAGAUAGCCGAAGGGUUAAGUAUUUGCUCCGGUCACCUGUUUUGCCUUGAAGAAACGGUCUGAAGAGUGAUUGAAAAGGACACAGAGUGACAAAUCUUGAGGGUGAAAGGUGACAAAGUUUUUGAACAUCCAGAAGGGUGAAGUAAAUGAAAAUCAGAGGACUUUGAUCUUCCAAGGUUUUUGUCCAGUCUCUGCAUUAAGAAUGCUCAUCACUGGACUGAGCGCUGCUGAGCGUGCACCUGUAGUGACAACAAAUGGCCACUAGUGGUACUGUUGAUUUUUAGCGAUUUUAGUUCUGCGACUUUGCUUAAUGUCAAGAUUCUUGCUUUCAACUAAUUUAAAAAAUGACCAUAUGGUGGGGUUGUUCAGAAAAAAAAGGUUUAAGAAAAGAAGUAGCUGGUAGUAAAUUUUGUGAGAAAAAUAAAACAGUAUUGUUCAUCACGUAAUGAAUAUUGCUACUGAAUAUUUCCUAACAGCGAAAGAAAGGAUUAGAAGAUCAAAAAGAUGUUUUAGAAAACAUUUGAACUUAAUAAUUCACUGCCAGGACAGGGAUAGUGUACAUUUUUGUGCUUGAAGGAAAAAAAAGACGUGGGAUCAUCUUGAAUUUUUCAAGAAAGAGUUAAGGCUUGGUGAGGAUGAGGUUGAAGACAUUUUACUGAAACUUAAAUACUAAUGAAAGAAUGUACACUUAAUUCAUUGCCUUUAUUCCAGGCCUUUUUGGAAAGACUCCUUCUAUUAGGCAUGGGAGGUGAGAACAUGUACUUUUUCUGUUUUUGUAUGUGUACUGUAUUUUUACAUAAUCUACUUUUUAAAGAAAAUCGAUUGCCUAAAAACAGCCAGGUGAAAAUGAGAAAAAAAACUAGUGAGGUGUGCUCCUUGUAGCGGAGAAACAACCAACAGAAAAUGCCUUUUUGCCUCUAUCUUUCUGAAUGUUAGCUAUGAGAGAGGAGAGGUAGAGAGAGACAGACGGUCACCGCGGCUAUCUGGAUCUCACCCACAGUCUUACUGUAGCCUAGAAGAAAAAUAAGAUGCAAAACACUCACUCAAGCCUAUAUGUAUUUGUACAACCCCAGACGAACUGAGCUUGCAGUCCCAAAUUUUUGGUUAUGCCCGUGUCGUUACUGUGUUUGUAACUGCGUGUUGUGUUUUUAAAGGUUACAAAAGGAAUCGUUAAAAACAAAAAUCAAAAAAAGAAGGAAAAAAAAAACAUGUUACUUAGUUGAGUAACUUGUUCUGACACAGAUUUCACUUUUUCUCUGCUUUUUUUUUUCUUUUUCCUUUUUCUGUCUCAUCUUGUUUAGCAAGCAGAGGUCAAUGUAAAACCUUUUUUUUUUUUUUGGUUUUGUUUCGGAGAUGGUGUUGCUUUGCCAAAAAUAAGAAAUGCACAAGCACAGCAGAAACCUCCAUAAGAGGAUUACGUCUUAAGAGACCAAAUCAGGUGUCAGUGCAGAGCAGUUUGAAAUCUAGUCCACCACUGCAACACUCUACAGCAUUUUUUACAACUACAGUUGAGAAGUACAUAUCCACGUUUGCAUAUCGCUGCACUGUAAAAGAGACACAAAUCUGUAUUUUGUGGUAGGAAACCUGGAAAAGAAACCUGGAAAAUCUUCAUGUUGUGACAAGAUUUUCUUUAAGUUAAUCUUAAACCACCUUUCUGAUGAUCAACACUGUUUAUUCUCCUUCGUGGUGGCAGCAAGAGCUUUGAGAACUUCUAGCUCUUUAGUUAAAGAUAAAACUCUGAACAUCAUCAAGCAAAGUUUAAGCAUUUCUUGUUGUUUUUCUUCCACAAAUCUGUUCUUCUUACAGAAACUAGUUUACUCAUGCUUCAUUUUUGCUCUUCUCAUUUUACAAUGUUUGAAUUUACCAAAUUAAUUUAUUUAUGAUGGUGCAUAUUUAUUCAUUUGUAUUUUUAUUUUUGUACAAUGUUUUUUUUUUUGGUUUCCAUUUGUUUCUUCAGUAAGUUGUUUGUAAGUUUUCUAUGGUUAUGUUAGCAUGGCUGUCCCUACACUUUUGUUUUCUUUUCUGUUUGGUGUUUAUUAUCUUAUGAAAGACCUGACGAUCAGCCAGUCUGACCCAACACAUGUGAACCUGUGCAGAACUUGUGGACCAACCAGUUUGUGUGUUGCUGAGCACAUUAAUAUCCAGGAUCUUUAGGAAUGAUAGAGCAAAUAUAUUAUCUGAUAAUCAAUCCACUCUUCAUACUGACAAACCCAAAAAAGACACAAGGGACACGUUGACAUUGACACACUGAGCCAUGUGGAAACUAUUUUCUUCUCAAUGUUAGCUCGGACAAGUUUUAGCUUUUGGUUUGAAGAUUAGGAGCCAUGUCAGCUCAGUAGCAUAUACUGGGUCAAAAGCUGAGGCAGUUCAAUCACUCCUCAGCUGAAAUGAAAAUAAUAUCAAGUGCUUUCCUUUACUUUUUGGUAAUUCAUCAUCAUAUCAACAAAACUGUCCACUUGUGUCAUCCACUGAUGUUUCCUCAGUGUUGAACUGUUUAACUGUCAGCUCUGCGUUUGCUGUGCAGACUGACUGCUCUGUAGUUUCACAGCUUUUUACUUGAAUUUAUGUAUUUAUUUAUACAAACCGAUGGGGUCGGGUGAGCCAAGCCAACUGUCUGAAUUCCAUUUUAGCCGAGGAGAAGAUUAAAUCUGCUGUUUUUGAGGAUUGGCUCUAUUCAAAGCCUGUUGUGUAGAUUAUUGAUGUAUUAUAUGUAUGACUUUAAAUGACUUUUUCUUUGGUUUUGUUUUUGUUUUUUUUGUUUUUUUAAGUUUGUAAAUAAAAGAAACAUGACCUAAAUAAUACUUUUCCGAAUUUCUUUACAUCAGCAGCAGUAGCAAAGGAUGGCAUCCCCUAAUGCCCCCCAGAUAAACACAUACAGACACCCAAGUCGGCAAUAGUUGUGCAAUGCUUCCAAAGUUUUGCAAAUUUCAGCCUCAUAACAUUUUUUUUGUUUUGGCAAAGCAGCCCACAGUGAUAGCCUGUUAGCUCCAAAUAAAAUAAAAAUUAAGUUCUAUAAUUGAUGCAGGCAUUUAUCAAAAAUCCACAUGGUAGGUUCUUUAAAAAUAAAAAUCCAACAGCAAGUGAAGAAAACAGCAGUCUCUCAUAAACCGUUAAAUCUGAUAUUUAACUUUGUAGUGACAAAUAUUUAAGCUGCUCCAGCUAUCAGUAACAUGCAGUUUUAUGUUUUUGUCCCCUCAAGAAAAGAUGAAAAUAGCCACUGAAUGAAUCGAAAUUUAAUAGAAAAGGAGGGAAAAACAGUGUUGGAAAUUUAGAAAUGUUUUUAUUUUUUUAUACAUAUAUAUAACUGAUUGGAUCAGCAAUGACGAACUAAACUGAUAGUACAUGUAAGUACUUUAACAUAAAGAUUUUGACAUUACAUUUGCUCUUUUUGCUCAUGAAACGCAGUCAUAAGCUUGAUCUAAUACACUGUGGAGGCUGAAAUCUUUGUCCUAUCAUUUAAUGGUCCCUCAGUGGAAUUUGUGUAUGGCAUGUUUUGACUGAUUGUUCCCUUUGUUGAAAUAUUGAUCGUCAUAAGGAAAGCUUCACAAUCAUCUCAGGGCAGAAAACAAAAUGUUUAAUCUCAAAAAUCACAAUUGUUUUGCAGGUUAAUUUUGUUUUGUUUUUAUCUGUCAUAUAGUUUGUUCCAGCCCCCAAAGAGGAUGUGCUGGAUAACAGAAUGGCCCUUUAAGAGAUGUUGAAUGAUUAAAGGAAGCAUGCUAAUGCAGAGAUUUAAAAAGAAAAAAAAAAUAGCUCAGCAUACUAGAUAUCAUGCAUGUUUAUUAAAAAGCAAAACAAGGAAGCUGCAUUAACUGUGCAAAAAUUAUAUUGCUAUCAUCUUGUAGCUACAACAUAGAACUAAAUUGUGCCUAUAAAUCAGUCAUAUGCUAUGCGUACAGUUAACAGCCAUUGCCAGUGAUUCGUGGGGUAAUGAGUGCUUGUGCUUUAGUUUGGGAUGUAUCAUGAAGCACAAUAAAUAUCACAUACUUCUAUCACUUUCCUUCUACAUCCAUUCAUGCAUGAGAGCUUGUCUUUUCCUUUUUUUAAGACCUUGAAUGAGGGUUGCUGUGCUGUUCAGUCUGUCUGUUUCCUGUUUGUUAUAAACUGUUUGUAUGUGACCUGUCUUUGUUCAUGUGAUGUGAACUCUGAUUGUUCAGAAUAAAAUGAAUGAAUCUGU